CUCCCGGUCUGAGGAGGCUACCGGCGUGGCGUCGGAGCUGGUGGUUGAAGGGAAGAAGUCCUUUCCGCGGCCCGGGCGCGCCAUGUUUCAGAGCUCCGAGACUGACUCGGCGAAACCCAGCUCGAGGGUACUGAAACCACCUGGAGGGGGUUCCAGCAAUCUCUUUGGAUGCCCAGAAGAAGUCUCCUCCCCUCUCAGGCCACACAAAAUGGCAUCAAACAUUUUUGGAGCAGCUGAAGAACCUCAAAACAUCCCAAAGAGAACAAAUCCUCCAGGUGGGAAGGUCAGUGGCAUUUUUGAGGACCAUAAACCUAAUCCUUACCGUCAACUUACAAAUCCACCUGGUGGGAAAACGAGUGAUAUCUUUGGGUCGCCAGAACCCGUCAGCGUUGCUAAAGCACACCCAAACAAGCCUAAGGAUCAUAUUACGUUGUAUGACAGAAGGGAUGUGCCCCAGGAACUAAAACCAAAAGCUCCAGAAGACCAAAGACCACAGGUGGAAGAUGCAUGUGGAAAGAGAGAGCUGCAGAAAGAGAGCUCCAAAGAGCCUGGACCCAAGAUGGACAGCCAUGAGCCCAGGCUGGGGCCACGACCGCGAUCGCACAACAAAGUCCUUAACCCCCCUGGGGGCAAAUCCAGUAUUGUAUUCUACUAGGGGGUGAAGCUUUUCCUCUUCCCAAUGGAGUCAGCAUGGAAAUAUGACCUGAGUGUUCAAAGGCGGAGAACCAAAGGCUGUGUUUGUGGGAGGAGGCACUUGGUGGUUUGGCUGACUGCUGGCAGAAGUCAGCCUGUGCUCCUCUGCUUUAAAGCUAAAGAUCAGAGUUUCUCAAGUCUGUUCACUUCUGUUGAUUUCUGGGCUUGUGACUGGUUGUAAUGAGGAUUGUUUUCUUGAUGUUUGGAUUGGAUAAGGCAGCCUUGAGGGAAUUCAUCUGCAUUAAACAAGAAUGGAGCAAGGAAGGCUGGCCUAAACUCUGAAUGUUGAUCUGAACUGUGAAGCAGAGCUCUCUUAUAAUCCAUCUUGUAGAAAAAUUUGGGAGUGGGGAAGAGAACCAUACCAAGCAAGCAAGUCCUCUUCAAGUUAAGGAUUUUUGGUUAAAACAUAUCCUGCAACAGCUAAUUAUCUCAAGCAGUCUCCAGAGCCUUUAACUUUGUGGUGUUGCCUUGGCAGCUUUUGCUCCUACAAUCUGCACUGACAGAAACAUGCUCUUGACUAGCAGUUUGGCAGCGUCUCUCCUCCAGGUUCUUAAGGAGGAUGAGGCACUGAGCAUAUUUGCAGUUGUAGAUGGCACUUAAACCUUCCAUCUGCCUUCAAGAAGUCUGCCAACCCACUCUGUAUAACUUUAGACUUUGAAGCCUGUCCAAGGAGGCAGUUGAAAAUGUGCUGACCCAUUGGCAGCCUCCAGAUCAAAAUGAUUGCACUUGGAAGGCUCUCACGUCCUUUGGGCUCUCAACUACCAUUGCUCUGUGAAAGCAACGGGGUUUAUCUAUUUCUCUGCUGACUCUGUUGGUAUCUUUGCCUUCCCUCCUCAGCCUUCAGUUGCCUUGGGACAGUUCUGCCUAGCCUAUGGGAUUGCCAGGUCCUUGUCCCCGGAGGUAGUGUAUGUAUUUCUGACUGUGCUGCAGUUUCUGUGAGUUUGUCCAUUCUUUCCCUUGUUAACUUUUCCUUCCCUUCCUGCUGUACAAGACAAAACUAAUUCCAGGUGCUGGAAGGAGACCAGUGGAAAACACUGGGAGGGAGCUGCAGUGACCCUGUCCCCUACCUCUUAAAAAUGCAUGUGCCAGCUCUGGGGAAGGACUUGAUUGACCCCUCUGGGAGAAUUGGACUAUCCUACCCAGUCACUUAUCUUAAGUUGUAGCUGCCUCGAGACUUACUUGUCUCUGUCUUUUCACGUGAACAGGGACAGUUCCAGGUUCCUUGCAAUACAAUACUUCUGCGGCACGUGGGCUGUUCAAAUUAUUGUGAUGGUAUUUCCUGUAAUCUCACUUUAUGGAGUUUUGGUGGUAGGGGAGGCUAAAGAGAGGGUUUUUAAUUCCAGUCACUGCUCCUAGGAUGGGUUCAUUGUGAACUAUAUCCCAGGACUGAUUGUUUGUCAACAGUAUUUAAAUGUGGUGGCUUGCCUUUUAACUCCCAUCUUAUAUGGGAAUUUUUCAGGCAUGGCAAAGAACAAAUGGGUUUAUCUUGCAGAAUGUCUCUUUGUACACCAGCGGAAACUCAAACUUGUUAGUUCUGCGGAGUAAGCUCUGUGCCAGAUGUUGAAGUAGAUUGGAGUUCAGUCCGGAUGUGUUUAAUGAAUCCAGUACUUGUACCUUCUGACUCGUGUUUUUUUGGGAGCAUGGUUCUUUGAUGACUUUUGUGUAGUGUUAUUCAGUGACCCUUAAACUGUAGUGGGUCACUGAGUAAGAAUGGAUGGGCUUUAAUGCACCCUGAAGUGAAUUUGUUCCCCAAAGGGUAUGGGAUUGGCGUGCAGCAACUGUUGACUAGAGCUUACUCCUAUGACUUGGUGUAUGGACAGUAUUUACGACUUCCUGUCAAAAUUGGACCUUGUGGGGCUGAAGUAUUCAGAGGUACAUUUUCACCAGUGCCUGUUUUGGAUAGCCGUUUUUCACCAAAGCCUUAAGUUAUUUCUGACUGAAUUGUGCCAUUUUUUUUUUCAAGGCAUGGCUGGUGAGGACACACCCAUGUAUCCAGGUAAAGGGUGCUUUUCCAGGGGGAAAUGAACAGCUUGGAUCUGUGAAUCAUGUACUGCAUAAUAAACAGCCUGAUUUUGCUAGCU